AAUCAGAGGAGAAAUGCCGGGCGGAGGGCAAAUUGAAAGGAAAAGUUGUGGCAAUCUUUAGGCGCUUUAAAAACAUAAAAUCCCCGAAAUCGGGAGAAAGGAAAGAUGUAAACUUUAACGCUCCUGUCUCGGCUGGUAUCAUAUUACUGAGAUGAGCUGAGGAGGAAAAAAAAAACUGUUAUGACGAGCGGUAUUUGGAGAGGAGGAGUCCGAAGACGCCGUCGCCGCGCUGCUUGCGGUUGGUUUACUUACUAAUAAGGUGAUAAAUGGUGUGUGGAAUUUCUGACCUCGAUUCACCGUCGACGGUUUGCUCGCUAAAAGUGCUGCGCAGUCGAUGAGACCCCGAAACGCGAUCCCCUGUCACGGUCAUGUUGUCGGUGUCUGAUGCCCCGUACAACACGCAAGGGACCACCGCUGAACCCCCGCAAGGCGCCGCUGCUCUUUGUCGAAGCGCCGCUGAACGGAGCUAAACACCACUAUGUGCCUGAAGGUCCAAGAUCUGUCAACCCCAAACCGGUCACGUCAGAACAGCAGCAACGUGAGAGUCGCUCCUCCAGCACGACCUGGGUAACCCCGCAGUUUGAUGACACCAUGCAUGGCAUGCAGCUGCAGGUCCCAGCGUGCAGAAGAGGAAGGGGGAAAAGCAGUCGUUCUGGGAGAAGUGUUCUGGAUAGAAGUUCACCGCUCAUUCUGCCCCAUCUCAAGAAAACCUCUGUGUGCAAGUUCCCUGCACUCACCUUUGAGAGCAGCACUUCAUCGCCAACACGGUGUCCUGUCCCGAAACGUCGUUUUAAAGAUCCUCGCCCUGCCGCUGGUGCACCAGAGUACAAAAGGGUACCGGGUUGUGCCCAGAAUGCAGUUUCUCCCAGUAUUCAGAGUGGUGGGGACACAGAGACACCAAAGUGCUUUAACCGUUUCUGGAGUGGCUACAAAAGGGAUCGGGGAGCACAUGGAGUACCAUCUCCUGAAAAAACAAGCUGCACUGUGGUUCCGGGAGAACAAAGCGUUCUGCUGACUGUUGCUGGUGCAGCAAAUGUUUGCCCGAUACGUACUGUUACUCCUCUUGCUCCAAGAGGUGAUCAUUCUGACGGCAUGGACAGCGUCUUCAGUCCUCCCAACAUAGGGACCCCUGAAACUCAAAGGAAUCCGAUUAGCACCAAACCCUCACCAUCUUUCAGACUCCAACCUCCCUUGACUCAAACACAGUUGACACCAGAAAAUCAGACUUCUAACAUUUUGGCAAAUGACACACCAGAAGAGGACUAUGGGCUGAAAGUUACUUGGAGGAGAAGGAAGCGACUGAUGAAGCUUCUCAUAGAACAAGGUCAACUGUCGUGCGCUGACAUAACCAUUAACUUCUAAUGUUGGAUAGUAGUAGUGGAAAUAAUUUUUUCUGAUGUCUUUGUAAAUCUCAUUUUGGAGUUUAUGAACUCAUGGUGGCAAACACUGUAUCCUACUGACAAUAAACGGUAAAAUAAUUAUUCUGAGUCCAAAGAAUGAAUUUUAAGAAUAUUAAUAGUAGUAUAACUAAUAAUACUUAUUUAGCAUCUGCUAAAUAAAUAAAUGUAAGUGUAAUAGUAUUUAUUGCAUCUCUUCUGGUUGCUUGCAGUCUGCCUUUAAAACUGCCCACCAGUAUUGCUUAAAGAAGCCUUCUCUGGGU